UGCUGGGUCCCCGGGAGGGCCCCGUGCAGCUCCGUGGCCCCGUGUCAGGGAGAGGGCAAGAAAGGAGUUAAAUCCUCAAGCCACAUGGCUCCUUUAUUUACCACGAUGAAGGAGGGAGGCCAUUAUCGGAGCUUGGGGUCAUUAGGGGACACCCUACCGGGUCACUAGGGAAGAUGCUUUCAGCUCAGCAGGUUUGCUUGAAGCUGCUGAAACGACACAGUGGAAAAGAAACCUGUCAGGGCCAAGCUGCAUGCACCCUCUUCUGCAGGGAGCUCUGGGUCUUGCCUCACAUGUGGGAGAGUCUAGUAAGGGCUGGGGACCCCCCUCCUGCAGAGCGCCCACUGCCCAGCCCCUUCGUGGUCACGCGCUCUGGACUCUGAGCUGCUCCGUGCUGGUGAGCAGGGCCGGAGGACGGGCCCUUCGGGCACCCCAAGGCCCUCUCCACCCAGAUGGGGCUUGGGCUCUGCCUAGCAGAACCUGGGGGUGUUUUCAGAGGGGACAUCUGCCCCUGCAUCCUCACCAGUGAACAUCGUUCUCACCGGGCGGCUCAGCAGCGCGGUUCCUGCCUUAGCUGCCUGCAGCGGGAAGCUAGAGCAGCACACAGAGCGGCGUGGUGUCAUCUACAGCCCGGCCUGGCCCCUCAACUACCCUCCGGGAACCAACUGCAGCUGGUACAUCCAGGGUGACCGUGGGGACAUGAUCACCAUCAGCUUCCGCAACUUCGAUGUGGAGGAGUCCCACCAGUGCUCCCUGGACUGGCUCAUGCUGGGCCCAGCGGCGCCGCCCCGCCAGGAGGCCUUCCGGCUCUGCGGCUCGGCCAUCCCCCCUGCCUUCAUCUCCGCCCGGGACCACGUCUGGAUCUUCUUCCACUCGGACGCCUCCAGCUCGGGCCAGGCCCAGGGCUUCCGUCUGUCCUACAUCCGAGGGAAGCUGGGCCAGGCGUCCUGCCAGGCCGACGAGUUCCGCUGUGACAACGGCAAGUGCCUGCCGGGCCCGUGGCAGUGCAACACCGUGGACGAGUGCGGCGACGGCUCGGACGAGGGCAACUGCUCGGCGCCCGCGUCGGAGCCUCCGGGCAGCCUGUGCCCCGGGGGCACCUUCCCCUGCAGCGGGGCGCGCUCCACGCGCUGCCUGCCGGCCGAGCGGCGCUGCGACGGCUCGCAGGACUGCGGGGACGGCUCCGACGAGGCGGGCUGCCCCGACCUGGCGUGCGGCCGGCGGCUGGGCAGCUUCUACGGCUCCUUCGCGUCCCCGGACCUGUUCGGCGCGGCGCGCGGGCCGUCGGACCUGCACUGCACGUGGCUGGUGGACACGCAGGACCCGCGGCGCGUGCUGCUGCAGCUGGAGCUGCGCCUGGGCUACGACGACUACGUGCAGGUGUACGAGGGCCUGGGCGAGCGCGGCGACCGCCUGCUGCAGACCCUGUCCUACCGCAGCAACCACCGGCCCGUGAGCCUGGAGGCCGCGCAGGGCCGCCUCACCGUGGCCUACCACGCGCGCGCCCGCAGCGCCGGCCACGGCUUCAACGCCACCUACCAGGUGAAGGGCUACUGCCUCCCGUGGGAGCAGCCGUGCGGCAGCAGCGGCGACGGGGCGGCGGGCGACGCGGGCGAGCAGGGCUGCUUCUCCGAGCCGCAGCGCUGCGACGGCUGGUGGCACUGCGCCAGCGGCCGCGACGAGCAGGGCUGCCCCGCCUGCCCGCCCGACCAGUACCCCUGCGAGGGGGGCAGCGGCCUGUGCUACGCGCCCGCCGACCGCUGCAACAACCAGAAGAGCUGCCCCGACGGCGCCGACGAGAAGAACUGCUUCUCCUGCCAGCCGGGCACCUUCCACUGCGGCACCAACCUGUGCAUUUUCGAGACGUGGCGCUGCGACGGCCAGGAGGACUGCCAGGACGGCAGUGACGAGCACGGCUGCCUGGCGGCGGUGCCGCGGAAGGUCAUCACGGCGGCGCUCAUCGGCAGCCUGGUGUGCGGCCUGCUGCUCGUCAUCGCCCUGGGCUGCGCCUUCAAGCUCUACUCGCUGCGCACCCAGGAGUACAGGGCCUUCGAGACCCAGAUGACGCGCCUGGAGGCCGAGUUUGUGCGGCGGGAGGCACCCCCGUCCUACGGGCAGCUCAUCGCACAGGGCCUCAUCCCGCCGGUGGAGGACUUCCCCGUCUACAGUGCAUCCCAGGCCUCGGUGCUGCAGAACCUCCGCACAGCCAUGCGGCGACAGAUGCGCCGGCACGCCUCCCGCCGCGGGCCCUCCCGCCGCCGCCUGGGCCGCCUCUGGAACCGGCUCUUUCACCGGCCGCGGGCGCCGCGGGGACAGAUCCCGCUGCUGACGGCCGCUCGCACCUCGCAGACGGUGCUGGGCGACGGGCUCCUCCAGCCUGCGCCAGGGACCAGCCCGGACGCCCCCGCACCCCGUACGGACUCGGGCAGCCCCGCGGCAGCCGCGGAUGGGCCCCCCAGCGCCCCGGGCCGGGCGCCAGAAGUGGGAUCUGCCGGGCCGCCCCCCUCGGGCCUGCGGGACCCGGGCUGCAGGCGGGGGGACAAGGACAGAAAAGCCUGCAGGGACCCUCCCGGGGACAGCCCGGCCCCCGCGGACAUGCCUCGGGAGCCCUGCCCGGCCCAGGACCCUCAGCCCGCGGCUCCCACUGCCAGCAGCACCCUGGGCCCCCACGCACCAGAGCCACCGGGUGUCUGCAGGAGCCCCCCGCCACCCUGCUCCCCAACGUUGGAGGCCAGCGACGAUGAGGCCCUGCUGGUCUGCUGACCCGCCGGCCUGCUGGUGACCGCCACAGCCCCGCUUUGUAACCAGGGAAUACACAGUCGUUUCUACCCUGCCUCCGCGUCCUUCUUUCUUCCCGAGAGGCUGCCCAGAAGCCCCGCCGGCUUGCGGCACCGCACCCCCAGCCCUGGCGGGCACAGCCGGGCGCGGGCUGUCGGGGCUGGAGCCACGGGGAAGUGGAGUCAGGAGCCCCUCUGCAGGCACCCACUGGGUGCCUCACUCUCCUCCCUCACCUCCGUUCUGGGAGUCCAGUUCCAGGGAAGCAGGAGGGCUAGGGCAAGGCUCUCUGGAGUGUUUUCCGUGGCUUCUCACUUCAUUCACCCUCCGGGGCGCCAGAGCUGUGCCCGACUGCACAGGACGGCGGGUGUGACGGAGCCAGUCCAGGGCGGGCCCUGUGCUGGUGCUCAGCCCUCCUCCCAUCCCCCCAGCCAGCCCGGAGGGGCAGGCGAGGAGGCUUCCGGCCCAUCCUCAUGCCUGCAGUGUCAGCAUGGGCCUGGCCGGGCAGAUGCCCUUCGCUCUCUGGCUGCAAGCUUAAUCUGGGCAUGAGGGCUGGGAAUGUGGGCACAGGGUAGAGAAAGCCCAUGGUCUCUUGCAGGCCCUGAGGCCCCCAACCCCUCCCGGGAGAUGCUGCUAGAAGCUUCCUCAGGAGACAGUGGCCGAGCACCGACUAACAGUGGCCAGAUCCAUCCUGUUCUGCCUCAGGCUCUCAGUUUCCCCUGUAAAGCAGGGUGAAGCCAUGGGCCCCCAAGUCUUGACGCUCAUUCUACGGAGAUUUAUGGGGGGAAAGGCAGCUCCAGCAGAAACGCCUAGGCCCUCCCGGGUGGCUGAGCCUUGGGCUGGCAUUGCGGGUCCCCGGGAGGGGCACACCAGGUGUCUCCCAAUCCCGGUGUCCUUUUGGGGCAGGGCUGGCUCUGGACCCCACAAGGGAGAGAGGGAGUGCCUGGCUCACGGGGCAGAGCCCCCAGAUGCCAGAGGCCUCCUGCGGCGUCUGCUGAGCCACUUUGGCAGCCAGCACCACACCAGCCCCGCCAAGUCAUGCCCACCAGGGACUCACCUGAGACAAGCACACCACCCACCAGCCCCGUUUUAUUCAUAGACCUUUUCAGGAAAAGCGAGUGGGGCGGUGCUGACAGGGAGCCCCGUCCACAUCUUCGGGGGUCCCCCUUGGCAUAGGCCUUAAAAGAGUCGGAUCUCUUUUUUUUUUUCCAAGACAAAACAAAAACAAAAACAAAAAACCCAAAACAAAAAAACACAACUUAUUUUGCAAAAACACCUCCUCAAUAAACAACAUGUAAACAGAAACAGCUGCUUUAGGUUCA